CUGGUAUGGAGAAGGAAGAGUGUAAGUAUGACUCUUUUGAGGUGGUGGUCCUUAGCUUCCACAUUGGAAGCACGGCUGGCCUGAUAGGAUAGGCAUUGAUCUGAUUUGAUUCUAUGUGGUGGAGGUGGCUAGUCUUGCAUGUUUCCUGGUAGAGACCGAGUCAGUUGUCGGCUGUUUGGCCAAGCCAUGGAAUCUCUGCAGCUGUCAUGUGCAGGGUUAGAGAAGACAUUAGGGAGUGUUUUACGGAAGAAGGUGGCCGCUUUUCCUGAGACAGAGGCAUUGAUUCAGAGGGAAACGGAAGCAAGGACAAGCUUGGCCUCGCGAUGGGGUUGGGGUCCGUGCAAAGCCAGGAGCAGACUGGCUAAAAUGGGAACCGUCAAUGGGGUAGAUGGGCAAUUUCAGUCCGAAAGUCGCUGCAUGGCCCAAUACACAAAGCUCACGACUGGUAGCAAUGCCACACAUUCUCUUGGUCGGAGGAAUGAUCCUCUGACACGUGGACUGGGAUUGCCAAGGAAUGCAGGCUUGCGCCAGGAAGGCCGUCAGCUGGGGAGAGCAGGUGAUGAUGAGUUGGUACAUUAUGUGAUGGGUCAUGGCCUUCGGAUGUGUGCGGAAUACAAUCAAAAGAUAGGAGUGCGAAGGGGCCUUGUUACCCUUCAUCCCUGCUUUGCAGUGGCGAAAGCGAAUCCAUUCCAACACAGCGUCAUGAUUUCACAUGAUGCAACUUCCCCCUAUAUGGCGCAUGGCGGCUUUAUGAGACGGGGAUUUCAAGACUGGACACUGAAAGGUGGUUUUGUGAAACAACAGAAUGCUCUGUCAUGUCGUCGUAAUAUGUGGACUCGCUGCAAUGCGGUGACAGAAAAAGGUGGCAAAAAAAAUGGGGCCUCGUCUGGGAGAUGGGGAGGAACUGAUACCUCACCCGGGAGAUGGAGCACGAAGAGGCAUGAGAAUGAGGGGGACAUGCGAGUUGAUGGCGUUGUUAUGAGGAUUGUUUUCCGGAAUAUCGAGACUGGCUACAUGGUUGUGAGACUCAAACCGUCUGGGAAUGCGUUGGGGGAGAUUCUACAAAACGAGAAGGUGAAAAAAGCUUCGGAAGAAGGCCGAGAAGCGACUAAGGGGGGAAGAAGGAAAAAGGGGACGGGCAAGGGCAACAAGACGAAAAACGAAGUUAUUAUCACAGUCGUGGGUUGCCUAGGUGGUGUGUCGGAGGGGAGCGCUAUGUCCUUUGUUGGGAAAUGGAGGGAAUCGAAGUAUGGUCUGGAACUUGUUGCAAGCAAAAGUGUAGAGAUAAGGCCAAGCAGUGUUGCAGACAUUCAGAGGUACUUGGCUGGAGGAGUCAUUCCAGGAUUGGGCCCUGUGAAGGCUGAGGCAAUGGUGUCCGCUUGGGGUGACAAGACACUGGAUGUUCUGGAUAGCGAAGAUGCGAUCACACAGUUAUGCAAGGUGAAAGGGAUUGGCAGGAAGAUCGCAGAUAUGAUUAAAAAAGAGUGGGAUGCUCGAAGGUUUGAACGGGGCGCAAUGACCUUCCUGACAGAACAUAGAGUGCCACCUCUCCUCGCACACUACUUGGUCUUACGACAUGGCGCAGGAACUGAGAAUGCUGUGCGAGCAGAUCCAUGGUCGGCGACAGAUGGGGUCGAAGGGUGGAAUUUCCUGCAUGCGGACGAACUUGCCAAAGCAGUCGGUGUAGACCCAAAUCUCCGAAGUCGUAUGCAAAUGGCACUGGACCACGUGUUAAAUGUUGCGAGCUACACAGAGGGGCACUCGUACUUGCCGUGGCGCACAUUGUUCUCGAUGGGAAUGGACAUUUUGCAUGUGGAAGGGUGGUCAGCACACCCUGAGCGUAGCCAGCUGGAGGAGGCCAUUGAGGUACUCGUCGAACAGGGAAGAGUUGUUAUUGAGAACAGCGGAGUGGUGUCCCGCCCAACGGGGGUUAAUCAGCCAUCGCGACGUCGGCAAGAGCUUGAAGAGGAGCGAAGGAAUGGUUGGGUGUUGGGCGAUGCUCGGUGCUUUUUGCGGGUCUUGCACGAGGCAGAAACCAGUGUGGCGGAGGAUCUGAGCAGGAGGGUACAGCGGACCACACCCGUCGUUCUCAAUGAACGUGUUGCCAGAUGGGUUACAAAUGUUGAAAGUGCAUCGGGCAUGAAGCUAUCAAGAGCACAGAGGGAGUCUGUGGUGGCUGCAGCCUCCGCACCAAUUCUUAUCUUGACCGGUGGACCUGGCUGUGGGAAGACAUUCACGACAUGGACUAUCGUCAAACUGUGGAGAGCUAUGGGAAAGAAGGUGCAGUUGUGUGCACCCACUGGACGUGCUGCUCAACGGCUAGCGGAGGCCGCCAAGUUGGAGGCAAAGACGAUACAUCGGCUGUUGGAGUAUAAGCCACGGGAGGGGGAGAUGAACCUGCGAAAGAGGAGGAAAGACAGACCACGCAGAGGUGGAAGGUGCCGACAACGUAAUGUGGAUGAUAAUGAGGAGGAUGACGAGGCAAACUUGAGUAGACUCAUGGAAGCUGUGAGUGAUGCUGGGCCACUGGACGAAGGGGCGAUGGGCCAGUUUGAGCGCAAUUCUACCAACCUCCUAGACGCCUCAGCUAUUGUUACAAAUGCCCAUGCAAUCAACAGGGGAGUAUUUCCAAAUCUCGAAAAGGUGCAGCUUUCCUCUGACAUGGAGGUGGGGUCAUGGGGAGCUGAGACCAGGACUAGCACAUCGUCUUCAAGUGAGGAUGUCAUAAAUCCACAAACGCUUGUGGAACGGCAAGGUAGAUUUGGAGAUUACGAGGGGACCCAGUCAGGGGAAGGCCUAUGGAAGGGUGAGUUGCUCCUGCAAGAGGGAAGAACACCGUCAAGUGUUGAUACUGAGGAACGGCACAAACAGACAGCAGCAGCGGUCGUGAAAGAAAGUGCCCAAGUGAGGAGUAGCCACAUCUUGAAAUUUCAGACCGAUUGCCUCUGGGUUGAGGUGCCAGAUUUCAGAAUCGAGGACUCCUUGAAGGAAAUUAUAAGUGCACAUCUACCAUCAAUUGGACUUGACCCUUACAAAGAUGUUCAGGUCCUCAGUCCCAUGCGCAAGGGCCCACUGGGAACUUUCAGACUGAAUAAGGGUCUUCAAGAACUUCUGAAUGCCAAAUCAGAGUCAAAGAAGGAGCUGCAACAUGGAGAAUUUAUUUUCAGAGAGGGAGACCGAGUCAUUCAGCAGGCUAAUGACUAUGAAACAGGCGUCUUCAAUGGUGAUGUGGGCACAGUGCUCAAGGUUGACACGUGCGAGAAGCUGGUGAUGGUGAAGUUCCAGUUGCCAUCUGGCGAGGAGAAAGUUGUUGCUUAUGAACCACUGAAGAUGCUCGACCUGCUACCGGCCUGGGCAAUUACAAUACACAAGUCGCAGGGAAGCGAGUAUCCAGUUGUGCUCUUGCCGCUUUCGAACUCCCAUGAUCGCCUCUUGAGCCGCAAGCUGUUGUACACAGGUCUCACCCGAGCGCAGGGGCUAGCAAUCAUAAUAGGACCGAGAAAACCGAUUGCCUUGGCGAUUAAUAGGGUACACGACGAGCAACGCAACACGUUUCUGGAGCAGCGAUUGCUGAAAAUCCAUAAUGCGCAUCAGAGCUCGAUCUGGGAAAGGGAGAAAGAGCGCAUUCUCGAGAGACGGGAGCUGUCAUCGGGUAGGCCAAGGACAUCAGAAAAAGGGUAUGUUUCAGAGCAGCGGGGCAGCGUUGCGAACCUGUGCGAAGCAUAGAUUUGAGGCCGGCCACUCUGUUUUUUUUUUCCAUCUCCCCUUUUUUGUGGUGUUCGCCCCCUAGCGAAUGAUGCAAGCAUCCAACAUCCAACGGCUGCGGCGUGUCCCUCCACAGCAAGAGGAGACCAAAGACGUAGAACCAAGCAAGCUGACAAGGCAGAAGACUUUACGGAAAAGGCGAGGAGCAAGCGGCUGGUUACGCAAAAGAUUGGGCAGAAAAGGAAGGUCAGGAGCAAGCAGCUGAUGAGGCAAAGAUUGAACAGUAUUCUGUUUCGCAGCCAGUUUUUGGGUGGAUUGUGUUUUCAUUUGGCUGGCGCAUCGUCCGAUGUUCUUCGCGAAGACGCCAACAUCGUAGUUUGCUCUUCGAUUCGACGGCACGGCGCACAGUCCGAGUUAUUCGAUUUCAAGCUCCCACCAGCUAAGGUGGGGGGGAUAUUCAGUCUCUCCAGGACCCUAAGGGAUAAUUUGUGCUCACACAGCUACCGGGCCGUAUUCCGUCGACGAAGAAGUCCAAUUUGUAAGUACGCCCUGGGUUACUGGGAAUUUCUGGCAGUGACAUAGGUUCAAAAAUUAUAAUAGGACCAAAUAGGUCAGUUUUGAUUGGUGAAUUUCUGGAAAUGAGCUCUUUUUUUUUAGUCUUUUCAAGUCUUUUGGUU